UUUACAGUCUUUCUUUUCACAGUUUUGAGCAAGCCACGGCAUACACUUUUAUUAACUGGCCAGAUCACAGUCGCAACAGUUUGUCUAAUAUUGCUUUGAUGGGCUGAUCAGUUCGAAUGGGUUUUGAAUUCGAAUGAUUGAGGUAAAAUUUCCAGGGUCUAGGGUCUCGAAUUGAGCUUCGUGUUCGAGGAGACUCUGUAGAUCACGUGUGAGGACUUUGUAGCUCGCAUGCGAUGAGAUUUCACCGUGUGAGCUCGAACCAAUUUUUUCUGGCUCGAGAUAUUUUGUGGCUCGCUGGAGGAGAUUUUGUUGUGCGAUUGCAGUUCGCACUCAAAAGUGAAUUUUGAACUCGCACCUUCCAGUUCGCACUCGAAGUGAACUUUGCGAACUCGCACAGAUUUUGCAGUUUGCUUCAAAGUGUACUUUGGGUUCGAAGUGGUACGAAGCAAAUUUCACGAAGUUGUGCGAAGUGGGUCUGAAUUGGUGGGAACUUGAAGAGAUUGGUGCUCGCACUGGUGCUAAGAGGUUCACACUGGUCUGAUUUAAAUUAAUCAUGGUGGCAGUUCCUGGUCUCGAACCUCAAGACCAAAUUUGAUUUUCAUGUCCAUCGCAGCAACAUGUUCGCGCGCAAGUAAACAUGCUAUCCUCGCAUGGGCCUCAAACUAGUGAAAAUUGCUGACCAGGAAGUCUUUGCGUCAAUAAGCAAGAACACAAUGGCAGUUUUGUACCAACAGAGCCAAAACAGCAGAAGUUGCUUCAACUAGAUGAUCAGCAGCUACACUGUACUUCUAACCACAAAGAAAACUCUAAUUGCGAAUUUGUGCGCAUGUGCUGCUUUUCAUAAUGGUAACCAAAUGCGAAAAAAAAUUGGGAGCAAUCAUAAUGACUAAAGGAUGGUCUGCAAACUGCAUGCUGUCUGCUUCCAUUUUCAUCUUGUACGUACUACUGUUGUGUACCUUUAAUGUUUAUUCUACUGCUAGAAAUUCUUUGAGGCCUGGCCAGUGGAUUAAUGACAAUGAAGAAACUCUGGUUUCGGCUGGAAGAGAGUUUGAAUUAGGAUUCUUUAGUCCUACUGGAAGUUCUGGCAAUAAAAGAUAUGUUGGAAUAUGGUACGAGUGGGAUAAGCGAACAGUUGUAUGGGUUGCCAACCGAGAUCGCCCGCUUAACAAUGCCGCUGGAACUUUCGGAAUUGGAACAGAUGGCAACAUCCAGGUACUGGAUACGAGUACUGAGAACGUUCAUUGGUCUACCAAAGAUUAUUCGUGUGAUUCGUGUACAACUACGGAUAGGAUUGUAAAUCUCACGGAUUCUGGAAACCUGGUGUUAUACAAUAAUGAGAGCGGGCACAUUUUCUGGGAGAGCUUUGAGCAUCCAACUGAUACAUUUCUUCCAGGCAUGUUGAUGAAUGCAAGAAUGAAUUUGACUUCUUGGAGAGACGGUGAUAACCCUGGAAAUGGCGACUUCACGUUUAUGCUAGAUCCAGUAGUAGGAGAUAUGAACACACUAAUCAUCGAGAGAAAGGGAAUUAUUUACUGGAAAACCGUUAAGGAUGGUCUAUUCUCUUUCCUCGACAAUUCUAUUUCAAGUGAAUUGUACUUCUCUUCCUUCAUCACAGGAGAUUGUGAUAAUCCAUAUAAGCGAAGAUGUAGUACUAAUGAUAAUGGAAGGUUGGUGAUGAAUUUUAGUGGGAAGAUAGAGUAUUGGGUACACGACAUGAAUAGGACUUGGUCCUUGAUAAAGGCGGAGCCCCGGGACAAUUGUAGUGUGUAUAAUUAUUGUGGGAAAUUUGGUUGCUGCAAUCCAAACAAUAAAUUGGAAUGCAAAUGUUUGCCAGGGUUUGUGCCUAAUGUCCCCGAGAAGUGGCAUUCUGGAGAUUUUUCGAAUGGGUGCGCCAGAAAUUCCUCAUCCUGUGGUGACGGCGACACUUUUUUGAAUUUCAAGAUGUUAAUUGGGUUAACCCCAGAACAAAGGCUUACAGUAAAUAAUGAAAUGGAAUGCAAUGAGACGUGCCUUAAAAGAUGCGACUGCAAGUCCUAUUCGUAUAAAGAAGGCUUAUGCUGGAUUUGGACGCAGGAUUUAUAUAAUCUUCAAGACGAGUAUCCUGAUGGUUAUAACCUCUCUGUCCGUGUAGCAAUUUCCGAUAUAGAGCCAACUGUACGAAAUUGUAAGCCUUGUGGCACAAACAUGAUCCCCUAUCCACUAAGCACGAGCUCAAGUUGUGGUGAUCCUCUGUACUUCAGUUUCGAUUGCAACACUACCUCAGGUCAAGUUAGCUUCAAGGCACCAAGUGGGACAUACCAAGUCACCAGUAUCGAUCCAAAUACACGGAAGUUUUUUAUCCAAAUCAAGGAUGGACGAAGUCUACGGCUAAACCAGAUGUUGCCAUUUAAUUUAACUAGCCCAGGAAACUUUAGUCCUAAUAUUUCAUCUCAAGCCACAAAUGAGGUUGAGAUUGUUUGGGACCCACCAUUGGAGCCAAUCUGUAAUUUAGCUGCAGAUUGCAAGGAUUGGCCAAAUUCAAUUUGCAAAUCAGCAAGUGAUGGGGAGAAGAGGUGCCUUUGCACCAAAAGCUUUCGAUGGAAUGACACAAAUUUAAGUUGUACGAAAGUAUCUUCACCAUCCGGAAAAAGGAUGACAUUGCUUCUUUUUGUUGGAAUAACAAGUAUGAUUGUUCUGUGCGCCAUUAUUUCUAUUUCUAUGUACAUAUGGCGAAGAAAGAAGACCAAGAGAAAAGAAAAUAAGGAAAUUGAUCGAAGAAAUCAAGCACAUCGCAUGUUAUGCAGUGAAAGCCAUGUCCAAGACUUGAUAGAUUUAGGUGAGUUCAAAGAAGAAGAUGAGAAAGGCAUAGAUUUACCGUUUUAUGAUUUGGAAACCAUUAUAGCUGCUACAGAUAGCUUCUCAGAUGAAAACAAGCUUGGACAAGGAGGCUAUGGGCCUGUUUACAAGGGUAAGCUUCCAAGUGGUCAAGAAAUUGCAGUAAAGAGACUUUCAAGAGUCUCAGGCCAAGGUUUAAAAGAAUUUAAAAAUGAGGUGGUACUGAUUGCAAAACUUCAGCAUCGGAACCUUGUAAGGCUCUAUGGAUAUUGCAUAGAAGGGAAUGAAAAGAUUUUACUUUAUGAGUACAUGCCUAACAAAAGUUUAGACUUCUUCAUAUUUGAUCAAAAGCGAAGUGUGAUUUUGGAUUGGGAGAUGCGUUUCAACAUUAUUUUGGGAAUUGCUCGAGGGCUUCUUUAUCUUCAUCAAGACUCUAGAUUAAGAAUCAUUCAUAGAGAUUUGAAAACCAGCAAUAUUCUUCUAGAUCACGAAAUGAACCCCAAAAUAUCUGACUUUGGAUUGGCGAGGAUUGUUGGUGGCAAACAAACAGAAUUAAUCACAAGCAGAGUAGCUGGAACUUAUGGCUACAUGUCACCGGAGUACGCAUUAGAUGGAAUCUUCUCAAUCAAAUCCGAUGUUUUUAGUUUUGGUGUAGUUCUACUUGAGAUUAUAAGCGGAAAAAAGAACACUGGUUUUUAUCGAUCAGAACAAGCAAGUAGCCUUCUAUGUCAAGCAUGGAGACUCUGGACCGACAACAAGCUGUUGGAUUUAAUGGACGAGACCCUACGGGAUACUUGCAUUGCAGAUCAGUUUGUGAAGUGUCUAAAUAUUGGCCUCUUAUGUGUACAAGAUGAGCCAAGUGAUCGCCCAACCAUGUCAAUUGUAAUCAAGAUGCUUGAUGGUGAAACGGUGAACCUUCCAACUCCCAAACAGCCUGCUUUUUUCAUAAGAAGAGACCAAUCCAGCUCAACUUCUUCUAAUAGACCUGAAUCAAUUAUUGAAGUAACGAAUAGUCUAGAAGGACGAUGAUGCAUGUCAAGGUUCUCAUGAGUCUUGUUAAUAUUAUUAUCUUAAUACUAGUCGCAAACCCACGUGAUGCGUGGGAAUAUAUAAAUAUUAUGUAAU